AGUUAGGCAAGCAUUUAAAAAGUCUGUGCAUUUUCUUGAUUCUGUCAUUUGAGGUUUUAGUUUCUGAAGUCUAGCCUCAAUAGAUCUUUGGUAAAAAGGCAUCCACAGAAUGAAGUUUGUGAUUUUAGCAGCUACUGUGGCAUUAGCAAACACUCUCUCUGUUGAAGAUUUGGAAUGGAUUGCUUGGAAAAAGAAAUUUGGCAAAUUAUACUCUUCUCCUGAAGAGGUAGACCAUCGUAAGGAGAUCUGGCUGACUAACCGGAAGACGGUUAUAGCACACAAUAUGCUGGCAGAGCAGGGGUUAUAUAACUACCGACUGGGAAUGAACUCUUUUGCUGACCUGGAAAACGAAGAAUAUAAAAAAUUGGUGCUUGGCAACUGCUUGAGAAACACAAAUUCUACAAAGCAUACCACAUUCCAUUCCCUGCCCUUCAAUAAUGUUGGUCUUCCAGACAAGGUGGACUGGAGAGAUAAAGGUUACGUCACUGCUGUGAAAAACCAAGAAGAUUGUGGCUCCUGCUGGGCGUUCAGUGCAACUGGAUCUUUGGAAGGACAGCACUUUAGGAAGACUGGUAACUUAGUUUCUCUGAGUGAACAGCAGCUAGUUGACUGCUCCCGUGAUUAUGGAAAUCAAGGCUGUGAUGGUGGAUUUAUGGAUUAUGCCUUUCGUUACAUAAUAGCCAAUGAAGGAAUUGACACUGAGGAAUCCUAUCCAUACACUGCAGAGGAUGGGCCAUGCAGGUUCAAUCCAGAAACUAUUGGUGCUGUUUGCAAUGGGUAUACUGACCUACCCGAGGGAAGCGAGGCCUAUUUGCAAUUGGCAGUGGCAUACCAAGGGCCAAUCUCCGUUGCCAUUGAUGCAGGUCAUUUAUCUUUCCAGUUAUAUUCCUCAGGAUUGUAUGAUGAGCCAUUGUGUAGCAGUGAAGAGCUCAAUCAUGGUGUUCUAGCUGUUGGGUACGGAACAUUAUAUGGAAAUGACUACUGGCUGGUUAAGAACAGCUGGGGUACAGAUUGGGGUGUUGAAGGAUAUAUUUACAUGUCAAGGAACAAGAAUAAUCAAUGUGGAAUAGCGUCUGCUGCCAGCUUUCCUGUCAUAUUUUGAAACCCUCAGCAAUCUCAAAAUGGUGCCAUGCUGAACACUGAAGGAUACUAACAUAAAAUAUUACAGCAUACUUUUGAACCCCAAUUACUUUUGAUAAAUUGUAUAAUGCGUUAAAACCCAUUGCUGGAUACACUUUUUUUACUAAUUUAGUUUCUCACUGGCAACGAAACCGUACUGUUUAUGCAUAAUGAUAUUUGAUGUACAGAACCAUUAUAUUUUUUGUGUUUUCUUUAACAAGAUUUGAUUGUGUUUUGUAUGUUGAAGAUGUCAUGCACAUUUUGAAGUCCUUUAUGCCAUUAUGCUAUAGUCAGUCCAUUAUAUUCUCCACAAUAUUCUGGAAAGAUAACUGGUUUUGUCUGGUAAUGCUGCUGUUCUAUGCUACUGUUCUACAUGGCAAUAAAUCUAUCAUGUUAACUUCAA